GGGCCUCAAGGUCAAGCUGGACCCAGCGGUGAUACUGGCGACCGCGGAGCUCCAGGUCCCUCAGGUAAUCCUGGUCCAAUAGGACAGCCAGGAGAUCAAGGAGUUUCAGGAACACCCGGAAAUCCUGGACAGAAGGGAAGCCCUGGUCCACAAGGACAAAGCGGACCAGCUGGACCAAAAGGUAAUCCUGGGCCAGCAGGGCAGCAGGGACCAAAAGGAGAGCGUGGU